CUAACCCCUCACGGUCAGUGGCAAAAGUUCCGAGCCGUCGAGAGCCGCCCCCGCGGAGAUUUUCUUGGGGGAUUUUUCUUUUGGGUCUCGGCCGUUUUUUUUCCUCGUCUUUUUUGCCUUUUGAGGACUUGGGCCUCCGCACGGAUUAGACUUUUGGCUGGUUGACGCCCGUUUCUCGUUUCAAUCCUUUCUUUUAACCUUCCUCUCUCUCGCCGUCCUUCUCUUAUCUCGUGGUGAUCCUCAGUUCGUCAAUUCAUCAGCUCCCUCCUGGCCUACUCGUGCGGAGAAGAACGGGGCCCAGUCUCGAACCCACCGGGGCUCCUCUUUUCGCCCCUCCGCACUUUUGCCGUCCUGGACUCGAGAGAUCGAUCGUCCAUUCCUCCGAUCUUCGACUCUUUCACCUUCCCCGACACAAUUCCCACGUUGACAAUCCUGUUCUAUCUGCGAGAUUCGUUACAUUCUUGAUCAAGCGCCUCGUCUCGUUCUCUUGAAGCGCCGCCCUUUCUCGGACCACAGAGUUGCAUCCGAACCCGCCACGGGAGGCGACAGCUUUGCGCGCGACGUUGGUAUUGCCUCUACGGGGACAUUCGGCGCUUGGAAUACGACUAUAAGGAAAGGAAACCCCCUUCAAUCGCACCGGGGCCUACGUACUGCGCAUUUUCGCUCAUAGCAACCUCCUCCUCCGCCGCCGCCCAUUUCUCGACUUUCCAUCCUUCCUCCGGGACCGUCGACUUCUUCGACACUCGGAUGCUCCGUUUUUAGCUCGCGCGUAUAAACCAGAUCAUGGCGGUGAAAGUGUCGCAUUUGAAUCCACGAAAUACACGACUACGGUCUCCCGCCCGCGGGUCCCAACGAUUCUUCCCGCCCUUCUAUCCUCCUGCUGUAUAGCACCCGCGAGAGCUUCCUCUCGGCUCGACCUGCGCGCGUGCGCCGGCUUCGAUGGUUGCCAGUGAGCUUUCCCAAGCCCCCGAUGGCCUGAUCGGGGGCUACACGGGGGGUAACCUCACGGUGCGCAUUCUAAUGAUUGUCUUUUCCUCCAUCGCCCUGUACAAUGCGAUCGAGCUGUUCAUACUGUUAUUUUUGACGUUUCAACACUACCGUGGCUUGUAUUUUUGGACCCUGUUGCUGUCGGUGGUGUUGGGCGUGAUUCCGCAUACUAUUGGAUAUAUUUUGGAAUUUUUUGCGCUGGCGCCGUUGUGGUUGUGUUUGACCAUUUCUACGAUCGGAUUUUAUGUCAUGGUACCCGGUCAGUCAGUGGUACUGUAUUCGCGACUACAUCUGGUGGUGCAGAGUCACCGGAUUUUGCGGUUUGUGUUGUGGUUGAUUAUCAUCGAUGCCGUGUUGCUGUUGAUUCCGACUACCGUGCUUACCUUUUCGACUGCUUAUGUCGGCACCAUUCCGAUCAUUCGUGGCUACAAUGUCAUGGAGCGUCUACAACUGGCCUGGUUCUGCGCUCAGGAGUUUGUCAUCUCGGGUAUCUAUAUCUUCGAGACGAUCAAGCUACUGCGUCUUAUGCCAGACAAGGAUCACAGACGCACGAGAAUCAUGUACGAAUUGCUGGCGAUCAACUUUGUGAUUAUCAUGCUGGACGUGGCGCUGUUGGUUGUGGAGUAUAUCGGUUACUACUCGCUGCAAACCACCCUCAAACCCAUGGUCUACAGCAUCAAGCUCAAACUGGAGUUUGGUGUCCUUGGCAAGCUUGUCUCGCUGGUCCAGACACAUCGCUCACAGCCUACUUCCUCGGAACAUGAAGAGUAUCCCAAUUUUGUGGAUCCGACUCAAUUCACGACGGACGUGACACAUGCAGCACCGAUGGAAUCGCGUCGAUCAAGAGGGGUGGGAGCAUGGAAUACCAUCUCCAUGGAGAGUUUGCCGACUUCGGAACGGCGGAUUCGCCCCUCGACGGGGUCAAGGCUGUCUAGUGACGGCGGGGAUCCCGCCUGAUUGGUCUUUCCUUGAGAAUUUCCGUCUCAACUUUCCAAGAUGCCAUUCUUCAUGGCAAGCUCCCGUUGGGUUCCGUGAACACGGAGUCGAGCAUCAGGACCGGUCAUCGUGGGCUUAUGUCCAUGCACAAGGCCAAGACAGAACCACCCAACCAAGGCGAUUCACCUUAUAUGUGCUCACAGUUGCGCAAAUACCUCGGGUCUCUCGCGCCAGUAUCUGUCUAUAGAGUCCACAACCUCUCCGCCGGGUAGCAUCCUCCAUCAGGAUUGAUCAUAUACCACGCUGCCUCUACCUGUCCGUACUGGAGCAUACUUCGCACCCGUUCUUCGGAUAUAUGUAUCAUAAUUUCUAAAAAAUGUACAAAAAGUUUAUUGCAUCCAUCCU